ACAUGUAGAAAUCCUUGGCUGACUUAACAUACGACUCGUACUCUCGUUGGUAGAGGUAAAGUUCGUUCUGUCUUCUUCUUUGACCAAAAGAAAAACUUAUCUUCCGGCUGAUUCUUAUAAACCAAAACUGGGUACUGGGGCACCAUUCCUUUGAGACAGUAGGAAUAAACAAGAAGCAAAGCAUCCAUCCUGGGUUAAAACCCAGUUUCAAGUAAGGAUCAUCGAGCCAUUCGUGGCAUCCAGUCAUGACCACGGAUACUAAUGUUCUAAGCUAUUGGAAUAACUGGAGGUUCUUGAUCUGUGCAAUAUUUAUAUUGAGUAGUAUCGUGCUAGCCGCAGUUCUUAUAUGGAAAUAUGAAGGCUGCAAAAAAUCCAGAAGGGAAAGAAGAGAAAAUCAGCGCGAAACAGUAGGAUCUCUAUAUGAGGAUGAAGCCUGGAGGACAUCUCUCAAAGUAAUUCAUCCCGCUUGGCUUCUUGCUUACAGAUUAAUUGCUUUUGUUGUGCUUCUAUCCUUGAUAGUUACCAAUAUUGUUCUUGAUGGAGUUGGCAUACUUUACUUCUACACUCAGUGGACAUUUUGUUUGGUUACAAUCUAUUUUGGGCUUGGAUCUUCACUCUCCAUUUAUGGAUGCUACAAAUACCGCAGUAGAGUUGGUGAGGAUGCAGCUGAUCAUGUGAGAGAUGAAGAGCGAGGUACUUAUGUUGCUCCAACACUUGGGGAAAAUGCAGAUACAUCCAACACAUAUAAAAGUUUUACUGAUGAAGAAUGUCCCUCUCGCAAAGGCGCUGGUGUAUAUGUUUAUAUCUUUCAAGUCAUUUAUCAGAUGUGUGGGGGUGCUGUGGUGCUCACAGAUGUUAUAUUUUGGCUCAUUUUGUAUCCAUUUCUAACAAGCAAAGAUUACAAACUGAACUUUAUGAUGGUCAGUAUGCACUCAUUCAAUGUUGUUUUCCUCCUUGGUGAGACAAUAUUGAAUAGCUUGCGGUUUCCAUUGUUUCGGAUCUCAUAUUUUGUGCUAUGGACGGGAAUAUUCGUGAUUUUCCAAUGGAUAAUCCAUGCUUGUAAAAACAUGUGGUGGCCUUAUCCAUUUCUUGACUUGUCAUCCUCAUAUGCACCCUUAUGGUAUCUUGGGGUCGGAGUCGCGCAUAUCCCAUGCUACGGCGCCUAUGCUUUAAUUAUUAGGAUGAAGCAGCUGUGGUUCUCGCGAUCAUUCCCGGGGUCUUUUCAGGUUGAGAGAUGACACGCCGCGUUCAUUGAAUCACAAGACUUUAUACUGUGCCACCAACCCGGCACAACCAGUAGAUAUAAAGGAACCAUUAGUGAUAUCAUUUUUUUGGCCUCGACAUAGGAGAAAGAUUAUUUGUUCAGGAUUCCUGUCAUUAUUAACUGUACAUGAUCAGUAUUCUUUGGAGGAGGCUACAGCGUCCCCAGUUAAAGAUCAGUAUUCUUCGAAACAGGGUCAUCCCUGUGUUUGUUUGCUUAGACCUUGUACUGAAGCUAACUUGAGGCGCAAUCUUAAAACAAGGGAGGGAAAGAAAGCAGUAUAACUUGGGACCAAACAAGGUUCCACAGUAGUAAACAUUCACACAGCUCCGACUAACUUGAUUAGUAGUUUUGUUCCGCGACUUGCUAGUUAAAUAUGAUCCUUUUGUAAUUUAUUGAGGGAGUUUUACUUCCUAAUCAGUGAAUUGGACUGUUCGGAACUUCGGAUGCUGGAGGAAAAGCUCAAUCGGCAUGACCUCAACAGCAUUCGUUUGUUCUCUCUAGCACCUUUAGUUGAUACAUCAGUGGUUAAAUGAAAGGUUUAUGGGGUUAGAAAUGCAGACUCAUCCAACAUUAGUCCUUGGGGUUGCAUACAUGUUUUUCUAAAAGUUUACUCUUCUCUCAUCAUUGACUUUCUUUCUGGCAUCUUCGGUUCGAUGGAA